GGCGCGGCGCGCGGCGGAGAGACCGAGCGGGCGCCAGGCCCAGCGCUGACGGCUGGCCGGGCCCUCAGGCCUCAGCGGCUGCAGACGCGGCGCGGCGCGGCCCAGGCGGGGCGACCGGCCGGUCCCCGGGGGGAAGCGGACCUGCGAGAGGAGGCGCUCCGCGGAGAGCACGCCAGCCGCUAGGCCUCGGCCUCGUCCCUGCAGCCACAUGGCCUCCGGAGUGGGCGCGGCCUGCGAGGAGCUGCCUCCCGACGGCACGUGUGACGAGUGCGAACCCGACGAGGCGCCCGGGGCGGAGGAGGUGUGCCGCGACUGCGGCUUCUGCUACUGCCGCCGCCACGCCGACGCGCAUCGCCAGAAGUUCCUCAGCCACCGCCUGGCCGCCUACGUCCAUGGCGCCCAGGCCUGGACUCCGCCGGCCAGCGGGGGGGACGACGAUGCGCUCCCCGAAGCCGGCGAGGCCAAAGGGGAGCCCGAGGGGGAGGUAGAGAGCGAGGUCGGGGAAGAAGAGAGCGAGACGGAGGUAGACAGUGAGUCGGAAGAAGAGAGCGAGACCGAGGAAGACAGUGAGGAUGAGAGUGACGAGGAGAGUGAAGAAGACAGCGAGGAAGAGAUGGAGGAUGAGCAGGAGAGCGAGGCGGAGGAAGACAACCAAGAAGGAGAAUCCGAGGCAGAAGGAGAAACUGAGGCAGAAAGCGAGUUUGACCCCGAAAUAGAGAUGGAAGCGGAGAGAGUGGCCAAGAGGAAGUGUCCAGACCAUGGGCUGGAUUUGAGCACCUAUUGCCAGGAAGAUAGGCAGCUCAUCUGUGUCCUGUGUCCAGUCAUUGGGGCUCACCGGGGCCACCAGCUGUCCACGCUAGACGAAGCCUUCGAAGAACUGAGAAGCAAAGAUUCCGGUGGACUGAAGGCAGCAAUGAUAGAGUUGGUGGAAAGGUUAAAGUUCAAGAGCUCAGAUCCUAAAGUGACUCGAGACCAGAUGAAGAUAUUUAUACAGCAAGAAUUUAAGAAAGUUCAGAAAGUGAUUGCUGAUGAGGAGCAGAAGGCCCUUCAUUUAGUGGAUAUCCAAGAAGCAAUGGCCACGGCUCAUGUGACUGAGAUAUUGGCAGACAUCCAAUCUCACAUGGAUAGGUUGAUGACUCAGAUGGCCCAGGCCAAGGAACAACUUGAUACCUCUAAUGAAUCAGCUGAGCCAAAGGCAGAGGGUGACGAGGAAGGACCCAGCGGUGCCAGUGAAGAAGAGGACACAUGAAGACUUAGCAUUCCCUGCAGAAAACGCCCCUUCCCCGUGUGUAUGUGACAGCGUGUAUGUAAUGGCUUCUGAUAUCUGUGAAAGCUGCCCGGCAACAAACUUCUUCCACUGGAAAUGUCCCCAGAUCCACAGCAGGCACACAUGUUCCCAAGGGACCAGGGAUUGUAUGCAUACUGUCUGUGUGCGUCUUGUUCUCUGUGGUAGGUCAUGGGAAGAACCCUUUUGAUCAACUUGGAGGGCUCUUCAGACAACCCCCCAAUGGCUACUUUGAACUUACUCAGGAAAGCCAGCCCCUGGAAUAUUGUGCAAGUCAACACUAUCACUUCCUUAGGAAGGUUCUAGAACAUCUCAAAAGGAAAUCAGUUUUCCUUACCUGCAAACAGAAAACCCACUUUGUUUGUACUGAAGCUUAAAGCAAAUCUGGCCAAAUGGGGCCAAACUGACUCAAUAGGCAGUCUGUCAUAGUCCAGUUCUGCCUCUGUGAAAAGUGUUAGGGCAACUGGGUUAAAAUAGGGUUGGAGAAAGAGUCCAGAGCUAGAAAGAAGAUAUUUUUAGUAUGUGAGGUUAUCUAGGACUUAAGUUUCAUAAUUCAGUGCUGUGGAAAUGGAAAAUGAAUGAAAAGGUAGAAAGGAAAUGACCUUAAGGACUGGGGUGAGGCACAGAAAUCUGAUUAAAGGUUGAAAUCAGUGUUUCAGAAUUCAGAUUGCCUCAAUUUUCCAAAAUGGUCACUAAAGCAUCUGAUAAAAACCUGAAUUCUUGGGCCAGCUGUGUGGAUUAACAGGCCUGUCACAACAUAAAAGGCUGGCAUGUAUAUUGGCAGGUGGAGAUUGUCACUGUAAAACUCAGCAGUUCCACUCCGAGGUUAGUCUAUGGUGGUCAGUGCACUGUGGGGGGAAUCCUUGCCCCUCCCUGGCAGCUAGCAAACAUUCCUCUAUUUACUAUAAUUGGAAUCCUCCCUUCCCCUGCAGCAGGCCGUCAGUUCACCUCACACACCCGAGUUUUCUCUUCAUGUAGCAGUCCAGGCAUGCUCCAGAGCUGGAUUUCCUGGCCUUCUCCCACUCCCAGAUCACAGUCUCUUACAACCAUGCUUUUCAGGGUCCAGGAAGUAGUAGUGUGCUAGGAGAUACCCAACCAACUGCAAGCUCACAAGCACCACAGCUUCUUGAGACAUCAGUUUUUCUUUCCAAAUGAUUUCAAGUCAAGGGAUGACCGUAUUUUUUUAAUGGAACAAACGCUUAUGUUAUAGAAGAGAAUGUCCAUACACCUAAAGUGCUAAACUAAAAUAGGAAACUUGGAAGGAAACUCAUAUUUGUAAGUGGACAGUGAUUCUAUCUCCUCUGCUCGUGUGGUAUUUCCGUUUUCGCUUUGAGAUUUUGUCUGAACUGGAUUCAAGCAGCCUUGGAGUUGCGAUUGACCAAGGUCUAGACUUCCAGAUCCAAGGAGCCUACCUUGGAGUAGUACAUCUCCCUUUUCCUGUCAGCCAGCUUGCCUGUGUACUUAUCACAAAGCUUGAGGGGCAGCUAACAUGUGUAUGUACAGGAUAGUUCUGAGGCAGAAACAACAUAGACUUAUUGUAGGAGUUCUAUUUAUGUUCAGCCCUGUGCAUGCUAGAAAAUGAUUUAUCCCUUUGAGGCCAGAAAACUGCCAAGCCUCUCUGCUGUAGGCUAGGAUUACCAUAGCUCACCACACAUACAAGGAUAUUGGGGCAGAGAGGAGUGUGAGAUCUAAAACUAUGUAUACUUUACCCAGCUGGUGACUAGUAGAUGGCUUAGACAAUUUUGGUGCCUUACCAUCUGUCUGCAAAGACUGGAGAAUUUAAUACAUCUUGAGUUGACAACCUCCAAUGAUAUCCUGUUCUGCCAAAAUUUUAAAAGAAGGGCCACUCUAGAAAGAGUGUAGACUAUCACAAGAUUGAAAAGACUUGACAGUUUGGAAGCUUGUAUUGUCUUUCCCAGUAAUCAUUGAUCUUUACAUGUUGACCUUAUAUUAGCAAUGAACAGAUCAUUGCCUCUCCACCCAAUCAUGCUAUUACUUUAAAUCAGUGUGUGGGGAAUGCAAGCAUUUAUGCAGUGGUUAUAAACAGAAAUAUAAGAAGAUUUGCCAACCUGUCUCUAUAAAUUACCAUCUCUCUGAAAUCCUCAAGGAAAGCAUUUUCCCUUUACUUAGGAAGGGUUUCAGAUUCACUUUAUGGGCUCUUGCUGUCUUCAACACCUGAUAAAACUUUAACCAGAAAAGCAUUAAACACAGCACAGCAGCCCCAGCCCAGAUCCCUAAGUUCCUAGUGGCAGCAUUCAUCAAUGUAAGAACCAGAAUGCUUUCUGUACUGGUAUCAGCUUCAUCCUCAAAAUUAUGACCUCUUGCUUGGCCUUGUGCCCCAUGGUGAACGAAGCUUCUUGCCUUUCCAGGUCAGUGUGAGUCAAGAGUGUCAGAGUUGUAUGUGUCCUGAUGGACUGGACAGCAGGGUUUACCCAAAUCAUCAAGUGAUAUAGGUAAUGAAUGCCUCUAAAAUAAGUUGGGUCCUCCAAACAAGUCCUGGAUACCUUCUGAAUGUUAAGUUUCUGAGUGCUGAGAAUAAUUUGUUCAGUGGUUUGGUUUGAUACCAUUAUAUCUAUCUAGACCAGUACCAAGAAGUGCUUGACUUCUCAGCUCUGACAGCCAGUAAGAGGAAGUAAUCUUAGGGCAGGCAAUGGGCCUCUGUAGAUGUGCAGAGGACAAGCCACUCGUCUGUAGUUGCUAGCAAACAAUGGAACUAGUUUUGAGCACAGCACUCACUGCUCUGCAGUCAGCCCUCUGCCCCACACCAUGCCUCACCUACAGAUGGAGAGAGAAAAAGGCUUUCAGUUCCCCCAGUGUAGUAUGCCCAUUCACACUCAGAAUUCUUUCUCAAAGACAUCAAGAUGGCCUUAGCACUCUGUUUUAGUAGAUCCUGUAAGUAUUCAUUGUUAACUUGAGCUUCCUUCUGGGAGCUGGAUUUUUGGUACAAUCCCUACAAAGGAAAAUAAAGGCCUUCAAGAGUGUAAAGUUUUUAGACAGAGUUGGAGGUAAUGGUAUAGUCUUCUAACAUUAUUUAAAUACCUCCUGCUUCAUUACUAUAGAAAAGCAACUCUUAAUGUUUUAGGAAACCCAGCUACCAUGUUUGUACUCUGUGAGAAGAUACCAAUACAAAUCACUAACUUUGGACUCCCUUCUUGGAGUGUGUGUGUGUGUGUGUGUGUGUGUGUAAAUGAGAAUGAGAUUUGUACACACCCACAUAUACUAUACCACUUAAUUAAGAGUUAAGUGAAGUUCAAAGCAGCCCCUGGUGAUNUUAUUUACCACCACAAAGGUUUCUACUAGGUCCAUGAAAGUAUAAACAGAUAAUUGGAGUGUGACUGCUGGCUUUCCAGAAUAACCCACUUGAGGUAGGUGUCAACUCUUACAGCUCCAAGCCAAGGUGACAACCCAGCCCUCUUCCACCAUGUCUAAUAACAUGUGAAAUGGUAGAUGCCUUGUCAUUUGGUGACCUGGAUCUGGGCCCGAGUGAAGAGCUGCAGAAUUUAUAACCUUGUAGUAGUCAGUGGUCUAAGAAGUCCUCUCUCCCCACAGAGAGAAUCCUGCUGAUUCCUGCUAGUCUACUCUCAUAAAGUAGCUGUUCAGCACACACUUCUCAGUAAACUGGAUGCUUGUUUACUAUGUGCAGAGCACAUCUAGAUUUUUUUUGUUUGUUUAAAGGUAAAAGUCCCAUUAUAAAUGAAGUCUAGCCCUGCCCUAAGAGAAAAGGCCCACAGAGAUUGCACUUCUCACUGGUGCUGCCUUCACCCAUUAGUGUUUCUGAGGCCCGCUGUCCUAUGGAGCCAGGUAUCCCCACAUCAUUCGGAUCACUGGUGUUUCCCAUUACUAUUUGAGGCUGAGCAGAAACACUACCAAGGACCAGAGCAGGGACGGGAAAAUAAAUGAAGACACUUGGAGUGCACUGUUGGGAAAAUAGCCAGAGUCCAUGCUGGGCUUGAUGUGGCUUUAGGGGACCAAUCAUAUAUACUUUAUGGAAGUUAAACCUGACCAGUCUUUACAGUGACAGGCCACAGCGCGUGAGUGGGUAGAACCAACGAAUCCAUUGUCUUCUGCCUGUUUUCGUGUGCACAGUCACAUUCCCUCCUUAGUCAUCUUCCCCUUCCACUCUUUACACUAAACAAGGGAACACUCAAUCUUCCAAGGGAAUUACAUAUCUGAGUUAAUGUUUCAGUAUAUCAUUUUCAUACUGUAAAUUAUUUUGUAAGAGAGAUUUACUGCUAUCCCAGGAUGUUCGGACUUGGCGCCCCUGUGCAUUUGGAAAUCAAUAAACUAUUACUGGAAAUACC